AUGGCAAAUGCUUUGGUUAAAAUUUCCUUCUUCCUCACACUCGUGCUUACCUAUAGUAGUUUUAUGCUUCUUGUUGCAUCAAGGCCUCAAAAUGUGGCUGUAACUACCGUAACCGAUGUUCACGACACAAGUUAUGACUCAGAUAUUACUAAUGAACAAACAAGUAUAACUGAUGUUUCAGUCCAUCCGGAGGAAUGUCACUUGAUCUCAAUUCCAAAUGGAAGGAACGUGUACGCUGAAAUAGUGGAAGAAAGUUUUACAAACCUAAAGUCAAGAUAUACACUUGCUGCAGGUUUUUCUGCAAGAAAAAAUAUCUGUUGGAAAAAUGGUGGUUUAGUGAAAAUAAGAUAUAUUGUUUGUUCAAAAGAAGGAUUUCAUGUUAGCAAAGCAAUAGACUCUGGUUCAAUUGAUGAAAUUAGUAAAAAGAUUGUUAAACGUAAUAGAGGUUCAAAAAGAGUUGGAUGCAAUGCUCAUGUGAAAUUAAUAUUAGAGAACAAUAAUAUGUUUAAAAUCUACUAUUUUGAAGAAGAACAUUAUCAUAUAUUUGUUGAAGAUGAAGAUAUUCAUUUCUUGCCUGCUGCCAGAAGUAUUGAUUAUGUUAAAGAAAGUUUUAUAUCUAGAUUGUCUGCAAUCAAUGUUGGACCUGUUAAAGCAUUCAAUAUUAUGAAAAUAGUGUAUGGUGGUUUUGGUGAAGUUGGUGCUAGUAAAGUUGAUUGUAAGAACUAUAAAAGAGAUUUGAAUCUUUACAUAGGUGAGUAUGGUGCAGAAAUGGUAGUUAGGCGUCUUAUUAGGAAGAAAGAAUGUUCUCCUAGUUUUACACGUGAUUAUGUUGUUGGUGAAGAUAGAAGAUUGAAAGGACUUUUUUGGGGUGAUGACCAAUCAAAAACAAAUUAUACAGUAUUUGGUGAUAUAGUAGGUUUUGAUGCUACCUACAAAUCAAACAAAUAUGAUUUGGUUUUUGUACCAUUUACUGGGAUUGAUAAUCAUUUUAGGAAUGUCACAUUUGGUGUUGCAUUACUUGGUUCUGAGGCUGCAGAUUCUUAUCGAUGGAUUUUAAGGUCUUUUGUUAAUGCUUUUGGAAAUGAGCCUAAAGUUGUUGUUACUAAUCAAGAUGCUGCAAUGAAGAGAGCUAUUUGGAUGAUCAACAGAUUUAAGGUAACCUGCCAAAGCAUUCCUCUACAUAAAUAA